CCCACGGGAGCCGGGGUUGGGGCUCCCAGCACCGCCUGGGUGUGGCCGGGGAGGGGUGGCAUGUCCCCAGGGAGCCGCGCUGACUCUGCCUGUCCUUCUCUUGCAGCCCCUGUGUCACCAGGAUGCUCUCGACGUCCCAGCCGAGCCCGGAGCGGGUGCCCAGCCCGGAGGAGCAGGAGUGGGCAGGGCCCGAGGCGCUGUGCCCGGGCUGGCUGGAGGACGAGGCCCCCGAUGGCGAAGUGCCCGGGGACAGCGGGGACCCCGACGGUGCCACCCACGCCUACGAGCGGCUCCAGAGCGCCCUGUGCCAGGAGGGGCUGCCCCCCACGCUGGACUGCUCCGCGGAGCCCCGCACGGGAUUUGGCCCGCUGGACAUGACCGUUUGCAUCCUGGGCUCCCCCAUCCCCUUCCUGCCGGUCCUGCUGGAGGGUGGCACCCGCUGCCCAGGUGCCAUGGUGCUGUGCCUGUCCCCCACCUGGGCCAGCCGGGUGCCAUCGGAGUCGUCCCCAGGCGCCUGGUCCCUGCUGCUCUCCCGGGGCGUCUCCUUCAAGGUGGGGGGGCACAGCGCCCUGGAGACCUUCGUGCCCCCCCGCCGCGCCAACUACGUGACGGGCACCUUCGCGCCGGGGGACCAAGAGGGCGGCUGGGUGGGCGAGCUGGCCCGUGACCUCGACUGCCCCACGGGGGGCUCGGUCCCGCUCGCCCACCGCCUCGAGGACACGCUGGUCACCCGCUGCGUGCUGGCGGCUCACACCAACCUGCCCGUGCCCCCCACCCUGGCCUUCGUCCUGGGGGCCAGGGAGGACCUGCCCGCCGAGCCCGUGGCCCCCGGGGUGAGGCUGGUGCGGCUGCAGGACCCCCAGGGCCAGCAGAGCCUGGUGCAGGAGGAGGUGGGCACCUUCCUGGGGGGCACCGCCAUGGAGCCCUACGGCUGGGACUAG